AUGAGCUUCCUCUCUUCCCCACCACCAUCGCCUAGUCUGCCAUCUUUCCUCCCCCGCCACGGCAAGCGGCCCGCUGCGCUCUUCUUCCGCCUCCGACUCUACCGGCGCCUGCUUCUCGGCCUCUGCGGCCUUAUUCUCCUGGCAUGGAUAGGCACGCACAGUUCAGCAUCCUCACAUCACUCCUCUCAUGCGCAGGUCCUCUUCCCACAGGGCGCCGGGCAGCGGUACGAGCUUGUUGGGGGAAGCUCUCUACCAGAUGAGCCGUGUGCGCUUAUAGUCACUGAUAAGCGCGGGAAGAGUAAAUGGACCGUAUGGAUCCCUCAAAGGUCUUCCCUCCUGCAGGCGGCGCAGUACGCCGAGCUUUGCGCGCAGAGUGCGGAGAUUAGCGAGCGUUUGGCUGGAGGAAAGAGAGGAGGAUAUAGAAAGACGCAUGAGCGCUUGUAUCCUACUGCGAAGGAUCCCUUUUUUGUCGAUGUGGAGGAGGCGGAGGCGGAGGGGCUUUUGCCCGAGCGGUUCCCCCAGCUGACGUUGGAGGUGCACACAUUGCCUAAUGGGAAAAGUGAAGAGACUGGAAAGGCUCCCAUGAUGGUCUGCGAGCGGAGCUUGACGUACAUGCUGGAGUCGACGGAAGCUGGACUGGGGAAGACAUUGAUGGGGCUGUGGAUGGCGUACGGUUUGGCUCAGAAGGAAGGUCGGGCGUUCUUCAUCGACGACAAGAGAUGGGCAUACGGUAGUUUCUCAAACUACUUCGUCCCCCCGCCGCCAGCUCCGUGCCUCCCACCACCAUCCUAUCACACUCUCCCCUGCCCCCACACAGCUCGGCACCUUCUCGUCUCCGCCUCCACGCUCCCACACGUCUUCGGCCACGCUCCGACCACUGAACUCGCAGAUCCUCGGAAACUAGAUCCCCGGCACCAACGUCGCCUCUUCGCACUCGCACGCACAGGCUACGAGGCCCUCUUCCGCCUCACCCCUGACGACUCCCGCUACGUGGACGAGCGCGCCGUGAGCCUCUUUAGCGCUGCAAAAGAAAACGGCGGCAUCAGCAUCGGCCUGCACGUCCGCCGCGGAGACUGCCACCCCUUCGAGUACCAGUACCAGAGGGACUAUCUCCCACUAGACCGGUACCUCGAUGCCGCGCACGAGGUCCUUGCCUCUCGCAACCGGCACACCUCCAACAUCUCAAUGUUAUCUUCCGCUGCUCCAGCGGAAGCCUCGACAUCCAGCAGCGCUAGCCCGGAUCCCCUAGCCCACCACCUUGCCACGACAUCCAGCCGCAUCGUCCUCGCAUCCGACGACCCAGACGUCUACGCCGCCCCUGAGAUGGCGCACAUCACGACCCGCGCCCAGGACCGCAUCGUGCUCGCCAGCAAAGCGACGCUCGCGCACCACAGCCCCAAACCCCAGAAUAACAAGCAGGGCUUCGUGGACGAGCAAGACGGCUGGGACCGCGGCUUCUACAGCGCCGUCUUCUGGAACUUGGGCCGAGGUCGCAGCUUCCUCGCCACACCCACCACUUCCGCCGGCAAGGCGACCGAAGAGAAAGUGCCUGAGCAAGUGAUGCGACUAAGGGAAUUGGUGGGACGUGCUUACCUCCUCGAUCUAGGCGUGCUGGCGCAGACGGACGCGGUCGUUUGUGGCGUCUCAGCUGCGGGGUGCAGACUUCUUGCUGUGAUGAUGGGGGAGAAGGCGGUGCUAGACGGGGCGUGGAGAAACGUGGAUGCAGGGUUGGGUUGGCGGGGGAUUGAUUGA